GGCUACUGCAGGCGGCGGGCCGGGCGCCCGGGGCUGGGAGCAAAGAGGAAGCGCCCGGCCCCGCACUUCCCAGCCGCGCUUGGGGAGAGGCCGCCUCUGUCCUGCAUUCCAGUUCCAGGUGCGCAGUGCUCUAUUCAGCACCUAGACCGGUUCCCGCCGCCCUCCUCGCAGUCUCUGCCUCUCAGCCCCCAGACCCCGCGCCCCUGCGCCCCGGCGGAUGUCCUGAGUCGCCAGCCUUUCGCUCCGCGCCCCGGGGCCACGGCUGCUCGGGGAAGUCGGGGCGCGCGCUCCGGGUAUGCACCGUCAGCAUGGGAUCGUGGCUCGGCGAGGUACAGUGGCUCAUCCUGGUGUCCCUCUUCGUCGCGGCCCUGGGCACGGUGGGCCUGUACUUGGCGCAAUGGACGCUGGCCAGGACGCGACCCCCGCCCAGGCGGCGGGCGGAGCCGGACGAGCGUCGGCGCCGGGAGUCAGACACGCUCCUGUCCUGGAUACUGACACUGGAUAGCUGGGAGAGCCAGUGGCAAAUGGCCUGGGUGGCCGCCCUGAACUACGAGGCCCAAAGGAGAGGGGGCCCACUGCAUCUCUCUUUCCAGCAGAACCCACAGCCCCAGUCCUUGCAGCUGAAAGUUGGAGAAGUCUCCAGUGUGGUCAAGUCAAACCAGGAGAAGAUGGUGAUCUGUCAUGUGGUGGGUGAGACCCUUCAGUUCCUGGUCAGUGCAGGGCCUGCCUCCACCACCAGUUCGGAAUGCCAGCUGUAUGACGUCCGGCUUUCCCCAUUUCAUUUAAAGAUAGAAUUCCACAUGGAAGAGAAGAGAGAAGACAUCCAGAUCAGGUGGUCAUUCACCCACGUACCAGAAACAGCCGUCAGGAUCCAGCCCCAGACCCCAGCGGAGAAGCAGGUGCUUGAGGUAAGCAUGCUUUCUGAAGCCCUUGUGGAUCUUCUGAAGUACCUAGUUGGUGUUGCCUCUCCAUCUGUGUUUCUGAGUUCCAAGCCUUCAAGGGCCAAAGAAGCUCAGACUCUACAGUGCACUUCCUCCACUGCUCAGGAACCCUGCCCUCCCAAACCUCCAAGGGCUCAUGAACUAAAACUGCAGGUGAAGAAUAUCCGAGUCUCCCUGCUAACCCACCCUGGUGCUUCAGGUAGCGUUAGCCAUGUGUGUGUGGCCCAGCUGAAUGAUCCUGCACAGCAGUUCAUCAGCACCCUAGUGAGAAACACUACAGACCUCUCUUGGGAGGAGGAAUUGACCUUUGAACUGAACGCCAAAUCUAAGGAGCUGCUCUUGCAGAUCUCAGAGAAUGGGUGCUCUCCAGAAGGUCUGCUGGGGACAACAACCAUUCACCUAGACUUAUUUAGGAAGCAGCCUAAUGGCCCACAGACCUUCAGACUGGUCAGUGGAACAGAGCCUGACAGCUUGGUGUUGGGUUCAGUCACCGCAGAGUUUUCUUACAUAGAACCUGGUGAGCCGAAGUCCUGGCCCACUCCUGUUUCUGCUGCAAAGAUAGAAAAGGACCGUAUGGUGAUGCCAUGUGGGACUGUGGUCACCACUGUCACUGCUGUGAAGACCAAGCCUCGCUUUGACAAUGGGAGGGCAUCCCCUCUGAGCUCAGAGUCCCCAGUAAGGACACCUAUCAAGGUGAAGGUCAUUGAGAAGGACAUCUCUGUCCAGGCUAUUCCGUGCCACAGCGCUCCCGUCAGCAAGAUGUUCUCCUCUUCAGACACAGAACUAUUGGUGCUGAAUGGCUCAGAUCCUGUGGCUGAAGUUGCCAUUCGGCAGCUCAGUGAAUCCUCAAAGCUGAAGCUGAAGUCCCCGCGGAAGAAAAGUACCAUCAUAAUUUCAGGGAUCUCCAAGCCCUGUUGUACAUCUCCCCGACAGACCUCACUGUCUCAGGACCACAGUGCUGCCCUCAUGCUGGACUAUGCAGCGUCUAUGGGCAGCACCAAACAAGGGGAUGCCCCAUCUGCUCUGUGCCCUCAAGAGGCAGCUGCAGCCUCUUCCACCUCCCCACCUGAAGAUGAGCCAGCCCAGGCCCUGCCUGCCGUCAAGCCUAGAGAGGAUGAUCUAGACUCCUGGGACCUGGAGAAGGAACCCCCAGCAGCACCAUGGAGCGGUCCAGCCUUACAGGAACCGGAUGGGGACGAACUGUCAGAGAGCUCUUUGAGUGCUUCGGAGCUUGGAGCCAUCAAGAAGCAUAAAGGAGGAAUUCUAAGGAAAAGUGCCAAGCUCUUCUUCCGCCGGCGACACCAGCAGAAAGACCCAGGCAUGAGCCAGUCACAUAACGACUUGGUAUUCCUGCAGCAGCCAGAGGGGAGGCAGAAGAAGGGGGCAACCCUCAGCCGGCUCCUGAACAAGAAGCUGCUUACCAGGCACAGAGGCAAACACACCGUGAAUGGAGCGACCAGUGAGCCCUGAACAUAGCUCAAGUUACCCCAUCAUCAGAGCUGGAGAAUGGGACCACAAAGACCCCAGCAGAAGAGCAGGAACCAGUCCCAUCGGAUGCGUGCUUUGUCUAGCUUGGUUUUUUUUUUUCCCCUCAAUAAUCUUGGUUUUUAAAGGAAAAAAAAAUCUGUCUGUUUGUCCAGGAAGCUUCCCCGAAGAUGGCUGAUAAUUCCGUCCAGUUUGCCACCAGAUAUUCAGUGGGAACACCUGGCUCCAGCUGUCACCAUGUAAUCCAAGUGUUGGGGUGGACUGUAAGAUAGAUAUUUACAUCAGUAAAGCAUGUGUGCUCUGAUGGACUAUCGAUAGUAGGCAGGAGGGAUCCCAGUCCACCUACUUCUUCCUCUCUCCUUCAGGGACUACUAGGGUUCAUGUCUGGACCAUGGCAUGAGAGAAAGGUGGGCUGUGGGCUGUUGCUAUGAGCAGAAUGGGCCACCUCACAUAUCUUGCUAUUUAGAAUUAAAUAGUGCAUCUGGCCCUGGGGACGGUGGUUUAGAUAUAAUCAGGAUUUUUGAGCCAUGAAGAAAAUAUAAUAGGAAAAAGAUAUGCUUUGACAAGUAUUAGAAGGUGUUCGCUUUUGAUAUUAGCCAUAGAAGUUAAAGACUUACACAAACACUAAAUGUGUCCUAAGCAGAUUAUACCAGACACUUCCAGAUUUACUUGAGCCUUCUUGCAAGCAGAGGUGUAGAAAUUCAGAUAUGUUUGUUUCUUCUGCUAGGGUUCUGUUUUUUCACAUGGCACAGCAGCACACUAAGCUCAAACACACUGAGGCUGACGUCGGGAGCAGUGCCUGACAGCUGGUAGGACAUGAUCACACAGCCAACAACCAAAACAAAGAACUUUUAGGGCAACUGAAGAAAUUAUUCUGUAUCUUGGGUGCCAAUUAGUGUUAGGCAUAGAAGUUUUAUAACAAUGGGCCAAACUUGCAGGAAUUCUUUUUAUGGGCUCUUCAAAAUUCUACUGUGAACAGGGACUUCUGGUCAUCUUUUGAGGUAUCCUGGUUUUUCUUUACUGUGGGAAAAUGAUAAAGUUGGCACCUGGGUUCAGUAUCCCCCUGUAUCCAUAAGGUACUGUCCUCAUCUGUGUGCCUGGCGCUGUAGAUUCACUGGGUCUCACAGCCCUCCAGAGCCACUGUUCUUGGGGUGUUUUGACCUGUUACUAACAUCCGUUUUCUUCCUAUAACAAUGGAAGUGCUGACAGGAAGACCUGAGUUCUGUCACUGAUAAGAAGUCAGGAAGCUCCUUCUGGCCUCUGCUGUUCAUUAGAAAUAUCAGGGGCAAAGACACAGUUGUUGACCAAAGAUGUCUAUGAAAGCCAAAAUUAUAGGAAUAUGUUCUUUUUUUUCCUGUUUUAGCAAGAGAGAUUGGAAACCCGUAUUAGAAAUCCUUUUUCUUUCUUUCUGUUCAUUUACUCCGUUCUGGGGAUUAACCCUGUGGCUUUUUGCACACUGGACAAGCCCUUCUCUACUGAACUAUUUCCCUGGCCCUAUUUUUACUUUUUAUUAUGAAUUUGACUGGGCUGCCUUGUAAUUUGUUCUGCAGCUCAAUCAUACUUUGAACUCUGAUCCUCCUGCCUUCGUCUCUCAAGUAGCUGGAAAUACAGGCCUGAGCCACUAGGCCCGGUGAAUUUUACUUCCAAAUAAACAUAGAAUUAAAAUGAAUUUGAAAAUUCUUGAUGGGUGUGGUUGUGUAGGCCUGUAAUCCCAGCAUUUAGAAGGUGGAGAAAGGAGGAUGUUAGCGUCUAAGCCAUCCUGGGCUACAUGAGACCCCCUUCUAAAAACAGCAACAAAAAUAGAAAAAAAAAAAAGAACCUGGAAGAAUCUCAGGUGGUUUUCAGGUGACUUUGAAGAGACAUUUUAGUAUAUUUUCACCUUAUGUUAAGUCACUACAAAUUUCCAGAGUGGAGUCAUCAGUGGUUCCCAAAUGGGUUCCCAAAGCCAGUAACCCCCAAUACUCUUUUUGGGAAUGAGUGUGAUUUACAUGCUGUGCUUUACUUGAAGUGUUGAUAUUCCAUACAGUGUACAGAAUUGUGACACAUAGCUGUCCAUUCCCAGAGACUGUGGUGUGUCAGGGAUUCUGAUUUUGAUGCUGUGUUUUCAGUGUGGGGUUGUAGCCCUCAUCUAACAUGUGUGGGGCCAGAAGAAUUUGAGACACCUUUUGGAUCUGGGAAUAUCUUGAUAAGUCUUUACCAUCUGAGCAUCCCUGAAUCCCACAUAUAAAAUUUUCAGAAAUAUGAAACUCUUUGGACACUAUGUUACACACAGAGUUUUGGGGUUUAGACUUUUGUGUUAGGGAUGCUCAGCUUAUGCAGAUUUUGUUGGUUUGAUUGGUUUUGAUAUUUAUGUUCAGUUUUUCAAGUGUGAAGGCAUCAGAAUUUUAGGUUGUACUUCCUCUAUCAGCAAUGACAACAAAAAAAGAACAAAUGGUUUUUAGCCAUCCUAGCCUCCACAUGACCCUGUGAGCAUCCUGUUCCUGGCUUCCUGCCCACAUCGAAGACCUGUCCUGUAGGGUCUCCAUUGGGAGCACCAUCACAGCAAAGGGUGCAGAGAUGGGGACACAAACAGGCGGCUUCAGGCACUUCCUUGUACUCUGAAGUCUCUUCUCCAAGCUGUUUAUCCUCUUGUUUCUUCAUGGUAUAGGUCUGGGAUGAACGUCAUAAGAUUAUGUACCAGUUGCCCACAGCACACAUGUGUAAGUUAUCUCUGUCCUACCAUCCCCACUGCAUUCUUUUGUGGCUUCAGUUUCUGUCUUUUGGCAGAGUGCUAGUUUUGAAGAAAUUUCUCAUGAACACUAAUUCAGGUGUCUGUGAAUCUAGAAGCAGAUCUCAGGUUGGCUGGAGUGAACUGGCCACAUUUCCCCUGUCCUUCAUGCAGGGACUAAAUAGAGCUGUUUGUGUGUGAUGUGGGUGUAGCAGUAACAAAACUAGGGCUCUCUUGCUCUGGUUGAAAACCUACUAUGAGGAAGAGGAUUUAGACAAAGCACUUUAUUUUAAAUUUUAGUUUAAGUUCAAAACCAGCCCUGCUUCCUGGCUAUGGAAGGAAGCAGGCUAUUUACUGCUGACCAAUUCUAAAUCAGAUUUUUGCUUGGGUUUUCCCUGGGCCACAUUUACAGAAGAGAGUUGCAAAUGUUCUUCUCAAGCAGAAAGGGGAAGAUUAAUUCAUAUUGCUGCCACCCAAAGUGGUGUUUUCUUUGGUUAAUAAGCUCAGGGCUGUCAAUCUUCAACUUUCAAAGUACAAGUUGAUAGAUGGUGGAAGUGUCUCUUUCACACAGAAACAGGUGUGGGUACUGACCCUGAUGACAGGCAAUGUCCCCACUGUCUCAACAGGCCAAGACCUGAGGACCAAAGCACCUGCACAGAGACAAAGACACUGUUCAAACCAGCAGUGCAAGCUCCCGUCACCUCUGGCUAUUUAUGUAAAAUGUCCCUGUUCUGUGUAUAAAUAAGUAUUGGAAUCACCAAGCUGCCUGGUUCACUUUGCUGAUGGUGGAGUGGAGAUGUGAUUGAUUAUGCCCUGGGCUGUAAGCCAUAGUUUUCUGCCCGCUGUCAUGUCAAACCUCUACUGCAAAGAGAAUAAAAGUAAAGGCUUCCCAGGUGUGUGGUGAGCCUGAUGCUGGUGAGUAGCGACUAGCGUCUAUGACAAUGAUUGUAUUUGUUGCAGCACUUUGGAUGUGGGUGUCACCCUGCACCACCCUAGGCAGCGAGACAUGGCUGCAACUCCACUGACCUCUCAAUAAAUAAAUGUGCUCAUGGAAAACAUUGA